AAUAUUUAUCCGUGGAUAACUAUAAAUUGAUUAAACCAAAAAUCGAAUUCAAUAAUAUUUUCGAUAUAAGUAAUACGUUAGUACACCGUAUUUGCGUGAAACGGUAGAAACAUAUGAACAAUUUUUAACAAUGCUUCUGAAAUAUAUUUCCAUUUAUAUAUAUAAUUGUGAAUGUAUAUUAUUUCUCUGCAAUGUAUUAUAAAAAUUAUUAAAUCUGAAAUGUUUUUAUUACCUGCUUACCUUUAACUUAACGUAAUAUUUAACUGAAAAACCUUCAUAUUUUUUACUAACUUCUUAAAGAAUAGUUAAAAUGCCUUCAGAAAGACGUUUAUGGAAAAUAGUAUUCAAUAAUUUUUUGAAAUCUUUUAAACCCAAAGAGAUGGAAAAACCAAUUGGAUCUGAUGCACAAGGCAAUCAAUAUUUUGAAACACCAGCAGAUCCUCAAGGUGGUCGUCGUUUACCAAGAAGAUGGUUUGUUCCAAUUGAUGAAGAAAUUGGUGUACCAACUCCAGAAUGGUCGCAGUGGUUGAGAGGACGACGUGCUGAACCACCAACUAAUGAAGAAAUUAUUUAUAAUGAAACUAUUGCAAGUAUGAAAAAAGUUAAUGCUGAGAAUAUCGCUAAAAAAUUUGAAAUUCCAAAUUCUAACAAUGAUGGGACAGAAAUUCAACAAAAUGCUAAAGGUUUUCCCGAUAUGUCAGAUAAAUUUGAAAGGCAACCGGGCCAGUUUAAAAAUAAGUUAAAAUAAAUUUUAGUCUUUAAAUGUAGCUAGACUUAAAUAUAUUGUCUCUGUUAAUACAAUAUUAAUGCAUUGUUGAUUAUUUCAAGGAUUAAUAUAUUUUUAAUUAAAACAAAUGUAAA